AUGGCUGUGAAGAGGCAAUUAGUUGAUGAUGGUGAUGAUGGUGAUAUAGCUUCCCUCUGGCUCCUCCCACCACCCGGAGCCCUCUCUACGAUCCUAAAGACCCUCAUAUCCAAUACUCUCCCUCCUCGUAUCCCCGGUCCUGUUCCGGACUUCCAACCCCACAUCACCAUCUCCUCCGGUAUCCCUCUCACCUCCUCUACAGAUUUCCAAAAUGUACUAGAUUUGAUUACCAUCCAAGAACCACCCGUCGUAAAAUUCAGACGUAUCCGCUACGGAACAGCGUUCUGGACUAAAAUCACCAUUGAGAUACACAAAUCCACGUCCCUGAAAUCAUUGGCUGUAGCAGCUAGAUCUGCUAUCUUGCCGGGUUAUACUGAGGAAGAAGCGAGGUGUUGGGUGGAGAAGUAUACGACCCCCGCGGAGAGUGGGCAGGAAGGGUUUAUUCCACAUUUGAGUCUUGUUUAUUAUGGAGAAGAGGUGGAGGGAUCGGUCAGAUUGGGCGUUGGGAGUGAUGUUGAUGAUGCUGGGGUGGUGUUAGAGGAAGUUGAGGGGGGGGGAGAUGUCAAGGAAAUGGGCGGGUGGGUUGGAGGAAAGUUAGUGGUUGUGGAUACUACGAAGAGGGUGGAGCAGUGGAAGGACAGUAUCCUGGCUGAGAGAGUGCUUUAG